AGCUGCGAGACGCACGAGUAAAGCGCAACUUGUCUUUGGCUGCUGCCCACCCAGAGCUUUUUACUCAGCAACAAGCUCAAGAGCAGUGCCGCUCAGUGCGCUCAGCCUGAAGAGGACAGAGGAUGCUAAACAACAUGACGGACUGCGAGGAGGGAGAGGGGGGACCCAACAGCCAGGGAGAUGGGAACCCUAAAGAGAGCAGUCCUUUCAUCAACAGCAGUGCAGCCACUAACAUGGAUAAGAGCCAGCAGUAUGAUGGCAAUAACAUGGCUCUGUUUGAGGAAGAGAUGGAUACCAGUCCCAUGGUUUCCUCUCUGCUCAGCACUCUGGCUAACUACUCCAACCUGCCAACGGGCAGCAAAGAGCACGAAGAGGCUGAGAAUAAUGAGGAGGGGUCACGUCCAUCUAAAAAACCUGUCAAGGCACCUCAGCUGGGCACUCUAAUGGGAGUGUACUUGCCGUGUAUCCAGAAUAUUUUUGGGGUAAUCCUCUUCCUGCGGAUGACAUGGAUGGUUGGGAUUGGAGGCGUCUUUGGCUCGUUUAUAAUCGUCUUCAUGUGUUGUUCUACAACCAUGCUCACAGCCAUCUCCAUGAGUGCCAUUGCGACAAAUGGAGUCGUACCAGCUGGAGGCUCGUAUUACAUGAUCUCUCGCUCUCUGGGGCCCGAGUUUGGCGGUGCUGUCGGAAUCUGCUUCUACUUGGGCACCACUUUUGCGGGUGCUAUGUACAUUCUCGGCUGUAUUGAAAUUCUGCUGAUUUAUAUUGUUCCCCAGGCAGCCAUCUUUAAGAUUGAGGGCCUGGAGGGCCCCGAGGCAGAAGCAGCAUUGCUCAACAACAUGCGAGUGUACGGCACUAUUGUGCUGAGCUUGAUGGCACUGGUGGUGUUUGUGGGGGUCAAAUAUGUCAAUAAGUUGGCACUGGUCUUCCUGGCCUGUGUCAUACUUUCUAUUCUGUCUGUCUAUGCUGGAGUCAUCAAGACUGCCAUUGACCCCCCUGUGUUUCCCGUCUGUCUGCUGGGAAAUCGAACUCUUCUUUCUAAAGGAUAUGAUGUCUGCGCAAAGGUCAUUGAGAUAGACAACGAGACUGUCACCACCAAACUGUGGAGGAGCUUUUGUGAUUCGGAGUACCUCAAUGCCACUUGUGACGAAUACUUCAACAAUAACAAUGUUACAGAGAUACAAGGUAUUCCAGGGGUCACUAGUGGCAUCCUGGCAGAGAACCUGUUUGGUAACUAUCUGGAGAAAGGGAUGAUUCUGGAAAAGCGUGGACUUGUAUCCGACGUGGAUCCAGACAGUCCCACAACGAGCUCAAACCGCUACGUUCUUGCAGAUAUCACCAGCUUCUUCACUCUGCUGGUGGGAAUUUAUUUCCCAUCUGUCACAGGUAUCAUGGCUGGCUCCAACCGCUCCGGAGAUCUGCGUGACGCUCAGAAGUCAAUCCCUAUCGGCACCAUCGCAGCCAUUAGCACCACGUCAACUGUGUACAUGUCCUGUGUGGUGCUGUUUGGUGCUUGUAUAGAAGGAGUCGUCCUAAGAGACAAGUUUGGCGAAGGGGUCAGUGGCAACCUUGUAAUAGGUACGCUGGCAUGGCCGUCCCCGUGGGUUAUUGUAUUUGGCUCCUUCUUCUCCACCUGCGGAGCGGGACUUCAGAGUCUGACAGGAGCUCCCCGUCUCCUCCAGGCCAUCUCAAGGGAUGGCAUCAUCCCCUUCCUUAGAAUCUUUGGGCACGGUAAAGCCAACGGGGAACCCACGUGGGCACUUCUACUGACAGCUAGCAUCUGUGAGAUUGGCAUCAUCAUAGCCUCUCUGGAUUCAGUCGCACCAAUCCUCUCCAUGUUCUUCUUGAUGUGCUACAUGUUCGUCAAUCUCGCCUGCGCCCUGCAGACGUUGCUGAGGACCCCAAACUGGAGACCCAGAUUUAAGUUCUACCACUGGGCUCUGUCUUUCCUGGGUAUGAGCUUGUGCUUAUCACUCAUGUUCAUGUGUUCCUGGUAUUAUGCAAUUGUGGCUAUGGGCAUCGCCACCUGCAUCUACAAAUACAUUGAGUUCUGUGGAGCUGAGAAGGAGUGGGGUGAUGGGAUACGUGGGAUCUCGCUCAGCGCUGCUCGCUUUGCUCUGAUGAGGCUGGAGGAGGGACCACCACACACAAAGAACUGGAGGCCUCAGAUCCUGGUCCUAGUGAGCAUGGACGCUGAGCAAAACAUCGAGCAGCCUCGUCUUCUAUCUCUGACCAAUCAGCUUAAAGCUGGGAAGGGUCUGACUAUUGUUGGCACCUGUGUUCAAGGAACCUUCCUUGACAAUUACACUGAAGCUCAUAAGGCAGAUCAGUCGUUGCGUAAGUUGAUGGAGACAGAGAAAGUAAAGGGCUUCACUCAGGUCGUCAUCUCCUCCAACCUCAGAGAUGGAACAUCCCACUUGAUUCAGGUUGGAGGACUUGGAGGUCUGAAGCACAACACGGUGAUGGUCAGCUGGCCCCGUAACUGGAAACAGCCUGAGUGCCACCAGGAAUUUAGGAACUUCAUUGAGGUGGUUAGAGAGACAACUAUAGCCAGUAUAGCCUUGUUGGUUCCUAAGAAUAUUUCCAGCUAUCCAUCCAAUGGAGAGCGUUUCACUGAAGGCCACAUUGACGUGUGGUGGGUUGUCCACGAUGGAGGCAUGCUAAUGCUUCUGCCUUUCCUCUUGCGCCAGCAUAAGGUGUGGAGGAAGUGCAAGAUGCGUAUUUUCACUGUAGCUCAGAUGGAUGACAACAGCAUCCAGAUGAAGAAAGACCUCAUCACCUUCCUCUAUCACCUGCGCAUUGACGCCGUAGUGGAAGUGGUUGAGAUGCAUGACGGUGACAUCUCAGCCUAUACCUAUGAGAAGACACUGAUAAUGGAGCAGCGAUCACAGAUCCUCAAACAAAUGCAUCUGACCAAGAAUGAAAUGGAGAGAGAGAUCCAGAGCAUUACAGAUUCAUCCCGUGGGUCCAUACGGCGUAAAAAUCCAUCUGCCUUGCGGUCACAGCGAAGCGCUGAGGAGGGAGCUGGUGCAGCAGAAAAACUAGAAGAGGAGCCUGGGGCCGUCUCCAACCCAAAACAGCUACAACUGAGCCACAGCAAGAAUGUCUCCACACCAACCAGCCCCACAAGCCCCACGUCCCCUGCUGCACCUGCAGGUGGUGCUGUCGUCUGGCCCGACAACAAGGGUGCGGAAAAGGAGAAGAGCCUCCUAACAGCGACCUCGGAAGCGGGCAAAGACUUCUUCAACAUGAAGCCGGAAUGGGAGAACUUGAACCAGACGGACGUGAGGCGUAUGCAUACAGCAAUGAGGCUCAAUGAGGUCAUCACGAAGAAGUCCAAGGAGGCAAAACUUGUCCUGCUCAACAUGCCGGGACCACCAAAGAACCGUGUGGGCGAAGAAAACUACAUGGAGUUUCUUGAGGUGCUCACUGAAGGUCUCAAUCGGGUCCUCCUGGUGCGUGGAGGUGGACGCGAAGUCAUCACCAUCUACUCUUGAACUGCCUUCGUGAGCUCAUAACAGCACAUACCUGGACUCUGCCCUCUCUUCCCUUCCCACACAUCCAUUCUGUCACCUGCCACCACACGUUGUACUCAGAGUUUUCAGGUGAAAUACUAUGUAGACUCAGCUGAAUGAGGUUCCAGGUAACCUGUAGAGUACAUAGUACACAGAAUCGUGCACUCCAGUGAUUAACUUGAGUACAUGUUAUCACCCAGGUCAUUGUUCUCGACUCAUCAGGUCAAGAACAGUUCAACAGUUUUAGAGAUUUUAAUUACAAACACAAGAGACAACUGUAAGUUUUCCUGAUAACGUAGAAGUUUGCCAAAUAUUAAAAUCAGCUUUGUAGUCUAAGUGCUUUCCCUUUGGCUUUAUGUCAUUGCUUUACCACUUCUAUUUAUUUUCUGUCAUGUAGUAUUGAUGUUAUUU